CUCCCGUUGCGCCCCAGAGCCUCAGAGCCCCCCGCACGCGUCGACUGCGCUGCCACCCCGCCGAGCCCGUCCGCGUCGCCGCCUCCGUCUGUCGCGCUGCAGACUGAUGCCGACAUCUCCUCUGCCCGCCCCCUACGAGUGCCGUCCCCCGUGAGGCACCCCCGACAUGCUGGCCACCCAUCCCGCGACCAGCCCUACGGCGCGUGGCCAUGUCGCCAGAGACGAUGCCGCCGUGCAGCCGCCGCCCGAGGAUACCGGCCGUGAUGCGCCUGCCCUCUUCUUUGCGGAGCCAGAGCAGACGGCCUUCCGGGACGCUCCCGACAGUCCUCAACCCGCUACUAUGCGUGCAGCUCCCGACACCAUACACUCUCCCCCGCAGACAAGCCCAGAGCCGGUCCGUGAAACUGUAAACGAGUCGCCCUUCGUUCCUGAACCGGCCAAUCCUUCUGCAGUCGUUCCUGAACAGGACCAUUCUGAUUCCCCCCUUCCGCUCUCUGAGUCCUUCCCGCCAACUCUCGAACCAGCCUUCGACGGCCAUGCAGUACCUCCUUUCGACAAGACCAAGGCCUGGGACCUCGAAGUCUUUUCUAGACAAGACUAUUCGGAACCCCUCCCUCCUGUGUCUGCGACUCCCGAGCUCGAUUCGGAAUUUCCCCAACAACCCUACAUAGGCGCAUGGGACGACAAACACGUCCCCAUAGCGACUGACGCUUCCAUUGUAGCCUACAAUAGGGCCGAAGCAGAGUACCAACUCAGAGAGGCAAUCGAAGCAGAGCACCGACUCAAAGAGGCAAAAUACGCACAGCCCGUAUCAACCCACGAGACUGCGCUUCCUGCGCAACUUGUCCGGAACAGCGACUCGCAGCGGAUGAGCGCUUUUGCGAGACUCAAGUUCGACGAUGGCUUAUAUUACAUGCACACCUACUCCCUAGAGCUUGGCCGUGACUCGGCUCAGUUCCGCCGCGAGCUGAAACGAAAGAGGCACGAGAAGCGGCCAACUAAUCGCAAACGAAAGAGGGAUCAAGCCGUGGACGACGAUCGAAAUGGCCUGGUCAGGACUCAACACAAGCGGAAGAGGGAAGACACCCUGAGCCACGGCCCUCGUAGCGUCAUCAGCGAAACCGGAGGUAUUGUCCGCGUUCCGGCACACGACGUCUCUGCCGAGUAUCAGCACCGUAGAGCAAGCGAGGCAUCUCAAUCAAUCAGCUCUUCGUCUCACCAUCACUCACAAGACCACUCACUUUGCAUUCCGAACGAGGAAGGUGAUACGUACGCACCGUCUUCUGUCAUGAUCGACGCUCUUCCAGAAGUCCCGCGAGACCUUCAAGAUCACGUUCCAGAUCCGAGAGCGUGUCCUUUCCUCCCAAUUCAUUCUAGGAAUGGACGCAACAAAGGAACCUCUCGGAAGCAUGGAAGGAUAGAAUACUACUUCCCUCUUGGCUACUGGCGGUUUCACGUCCUCGGAUCAAACGGCGUUUUCCACAAUGAUGAAUUUUACACACCUGAUGAGCCGCCGAUUCCUCUCCAGCACGACGAUGUGAUUCAAAUCGGCCAAGUCAAGUUCUCCUUCCAAUUACCGGAAAGUGAUCAAACCGAGGAUGAAGCGUCUUCACAAUCUAUCGGAGGGAGAAGCAGCCGUGGCUUGAGUUUCGCAUUUGAGAAUGGGCAAGGACAGUACGAAGAUGAGGAUGUGUCGAGCGAGGGCGAGGAAGAGCGUGAAAGUAUCGAUCCUCGAGCAAUACUCUAUCGAGUAAAAGGCUAUCGCCCGGACGAUAGUGAUGAAGACGAAGUCGAAGAGGAGGACGAGGACGACAGCGACGAAGACGCUGAAAGUGUUGACGACGAACCUCUAAGAAAGCGUAUGCAAAAGAAGCCCAAAAUGCAGACCCUGAAACUCAAAAUGAGUCAGAAGGGCCAGAAAGCUUCCCAUAUACCUGUUGCCAAGCAGAGUAAGAAGAAGAGCAAACCUCGGCGCCUUCCAUCACCUACCCCUCCGCCUCCGCCGCCGCCAAAGACUGUUAUCAAAAAGGUGCAGAAAGGGAAGCAAAAGGAAGCCGCAAAAGAAGUAGCCAAGGACAAAAGCAAACCGCCCACUAACGAGGUGGACAAGCCCAAAGAGAAGAAUGGCGAGGUUGUAAAACCCGCAGACAAUGAACCCCAAGCCAAGCCAGAGGCUGCAACGCAGUCGAAUGAUUCGCUUUCUGCCGGGACAAUCAUCACCCGCGAGAUAUGUGAGAGGUACUCAUUACACGAGUCCAUGAUUGGCCAGGAGUACAAACCACGCAAAGGUCCAGGACGGCCACCGAAAGACGGCUUCAUGUCCAAGCGUGAGAAGGCCGCAUUGGCAAGGAAAGCUAAAGAUGAUGAAAAGCUCAGGAAAUUAGGGAUAGACCCUAAGGAGGGAUCAGCUAUCAAAGAAGGUCCUAACCCUAAACUUGGUCGUGCACAGAAAGAGGGAAAUGGGGCUGAGAACGAAGAUGUGAAAAACUCGGUCGAAGGACAUGCGAAAACCGGAGCCUCCGAUCAAAGCAACGAGAAAAAGCCAGCUAAGAGCUCGAAGCCCCCACGCUCGCCUUCGCCUGUUAUGAAAGAGACAGACUACACGGAAGAAGAGCUUGCACGCCCACCAGCAAAUUAUGUUGUCAUGAUUCAUGAGGCAAUAUCCGCCUCUAAGACCGGGUCUCUCAACCUGCAGCAAAUCUACAGCGCCAUCGAGAGAAAACACCCAUAUUACAAGUUCCGAGUGGCGACCAACGGAUGGCAGAGCAGUGUGCGGCACAAUUUAGGCCAGCAUGACGCCUUUAAGAAAGGCGAGAAAGAGGGUAAAGGCUAUAACUGGGUGAUAAACCCAAGCGUUUCUAUUGAGAAAGAUCGGCGAAAACGAGCUACUCCACCUCCGCAGGCACGGCCACAAAAUCCAUACUACAGCAACCCUCAACAGUAUCCUACGAUGAAUUCACAGGGAGUGCCGCAGCCAUACUACCCGGGAUAUUCCCCUUAUCCACAGCCUCAUGGGGUGCAUGCAGAUGCCGCGGCUAGGGUCGGGACACCUGGCUCCAAAGACGUCCAGCCUUCUGGUCCUCGUCUACCUCCAAGCUUGGCUAGAAGCAAUGCGCCAGCGAACGUAGCAACAACCCAGGGUGCUUCAACCUACGCUUCACCGUGGGGAGCAGGAACGGAGAACGCAUCGAGGCCAUCUCACACCUCAGCCACCCAAGGUAGUGAUCCCUAUCCUCCUACUACUCAAGCUGGUCACGGAUACUCACCGUAUGGCCCUCCUCGUCCGCCUCUUCCUCCUAGCACACAAGGCGGCACAUAUGGCAUGCUUUUCCCCAAUACUUCAAACUCACAAGCCCACGCUGCCCCGUCGCCAUACCAGCAACCGUAUCCUGCAACAUCGCAAUCCCAGGCAUAUAGCGGCGCACAGCAUCCCUACCCGCCACAUGUCACCGCAGGACCGCCCCAAGCAGCCGCUCUUCCCAGAACUCAGCCACCGGAACCGCGACUCCAAUCGCGGUACCCACGACACAUCUCCAGGAGCGACGCUGACACACUCGAUGCAUUCCGCAGCACCUUCAUUGACAAGUCGGCAGAAGAUAAGGCCUUUGCAGAGCGUAAAGUUGAUAAUGCCAUCAGACAGAUCGUGUCGCCGGCGAGUGUCACCUCAGCACUCACUGAACCGGAGCUCAAUCUUGUUAAGAUAAUUACGCCUUUACUUAGUAAUAGUGCAUCGCAAGCCCCGCCACAAGCUAGCCAACCGCUAGGAGCUGUUGCAAGCCAAAAUGAGCAGAAAGAAGCAGGACCGAAACCCCCAUCAGGUCGUACGCUGUCUGAGCUUGCCACCAAUGCAGCUACAAUGGCAGCGUCAGAUGCAGUGAGUGCGGUGGCUGCUGACGCUAAACCUGCCGUCCCCGAAUCAACCUCAGUCUCAGGAUCUACGCUAGCGGCUCCACAGCUGAGCACGCCCCCUGGCUCAAACCGCUCAGACGAUUCCAAGGCAAAUCCAAAGACGCCUCCUCCGGCCAACAAGGCGCCCGCUCUCUCUACUCUUCCCGAUGCGGGCGGCCACGAUUCGUCCAACGCGAAGACGCGCCGGCCGACCGUCGAGCCUCUCACUCCCGUGCCGGGUAGUCCAAUGGUCGUGAAUCAACGGCCAUCUUCGUCCGCCGGCGCCAAGCGCGCCUUUUGCGAAGUGUCGGAAGACGAGAAUGCAUCGGCUGGGGAUGUGCUGGCAAAGGAGGGGAGUCCGAGUGCGAGUAAGCGAGCGAAGCAGGCUGAUUAAGACAUGCUCUAUCCAGCACUUGUUACCGCGACGUUUCUUGCUUAGACACGCGCGUUUAGGAAGUGCCUUUAGCGCAUGGCAGGCAGU